AUGGAAGCGACACCACCAGCGAUGAGUUUCAGUCUCCUGGGAUCUGCUGCUCCAAUUCUUGCACCGAGGGUAGGAAAACUAGCUCUUCCAGGCCGCAAAGCAAUCGUAACGCCGCAUCACGUCCCACUCACGUCGCGGGGCACUGUGCCUCAUAUUGCGCACGAUGUGAUACGCGAUCACACAGCGAUCAACAGUCUCUAUGUUGGUUUGGAAGACUUCAUCGAAAAAAAGAGUCCCGCUGUAUAUAAAACACCUGCCGCGGCACACGAGUCGCCAUUGAAGAAAUUCACCUGCGUCGCCGAGGACAUGCCCUUGAUCCUUGGACCACGGCGAUUCCCAGCGAUACCAUGCCCACCUGCAAAUACUUCGAACUCAAUCGCACUGCUGACAUCCGUCGGGUUUAGGCAACUUCCCUCGUCUGAGUAUAUAGAGGCAGUGCGAAAGCUGAGACCGGAUAUCAUUGUCGGAAUGGCAGACUUGGCCAACAAGGAGCCAGGGAACAAGAGGCGGGCGAAAAUGGUCGACCGAACGCAUGCAUGGACGACUGAAGCGCUGGACAAAAUGUACGGGGACUCUGUGCCAGAGGAAGCGAAGCCAAAGGCCUCAUUCUUUGCGCCAAUCUUGCCACUCGAUAAUGCACAGCAGUCGCUGUACCUUGAGGAUCUCGAGAGCGAGUUCCGGUGGGAUAUUUCCGGCCUGGCUCUUUAUCACUCUGCUUCAUUGGAAUUCGUCCCAGAGUCAUUAUCAGGUCUUCCCCGGCUGCUCUUCAGCGAGCCCGAGACCCCGCAUACUGUUUUGCGGGAAAUUUCGCUGGGUGCAGACCUGUUGACUACACCUUUUGUCGGCGAAUCUUCUGACGCCGGUAUUGUGCUGGAGUUUACUUUCCCAGCUCCAGCCCCGAAAGAGAGUAGCACCAAGCCUCGACCCCUUGGUGUUGAUAUGUGGUCUCCUGAGCACGCCACAGACACAUCACCGCUAACUGAAGGAUGUCAGUGCUAUUCCUGCAAGAAUUACCACCGCGCUUAUGUACACCAUCUUCUGAUGGCGAAAGAGAUGACUGCAUGGGCACUCAUCCAAAUGCAUAACUUCCACGUUAUGGAUCUCUUCUUUGCUGGCAUUCGAGAGAGCAUACAGCGUGGCACCUAUGAGGAUGAUGUCUACGUCUUCAAUCGCGCUUAUUCGUCUUCCAUGCCAAAAAGCACCGGACAGGGUCCUAGAUUGCGUGGAUACCAACUCCCGGCCAAUGGAUCUAACCAACCCCUCCGCAUGCCUAAGGCCUAUGGCCAGCUCGACCAUGCCAAGCAGAAGUACACCGAGUCUCAAAUUGCGACUCCAGAUACCGAUGCGAGUGGCCUGGAGGAGCAUGGGUUUGCCAAGAAGGUAUGA